AAACAGACAAUAACAUUAUUUUAUCUUAUGUAUACUUGUUUUGAAAGUUUAAAUUUAUAGAAAAAUAUUAUUAUAAAAUUUGUUAUAUCUCCCGGGCUUAGAUUGAAUAAUUGACGUGUCCGUACGCGCAUGCGUCUUUAUUACGGCCAGAAGUGAGCUACGACUGUUCGAAGUCUGACGAAGGUGUUUCUUUGGCACUCGCCGUCGGCACUCUCUAGUGACCAGUGUUUAGUUAAAUAGUGCACUUUAUACGAUCGUGUACAGUCGCCGGACAUCAUAUUUUAGUCUAGAAACUAUUCAAAACAGUCUAAAAGUUACGUUGGCAUGGAGCGGGAUUGGCUGAAAGAUGGUUCUUAUACAUCCCUUGAACAGGGAUUCAAAAAUAUGACAAUACUGAAAAAAAAGAAUACAAAGAGAGUAAUCCGGUUCAGGGGAAAAGCUCGCAGGAGAUUAGAACCGUUUCUCAAUCAGUAUGUAAAGAACACACACAAGGCUUUAGCGGAAAAGAGGACUUUAGACGAGGCGAUUAAGCAAUUCCCAACAAAAAUGCCUACCGUCAACUCUGAAGACACUGCUCUUUUGAGCCUGCUGCCAAUCGACAGCAUGGAUGACAUCGAGCUGAAAAACAUCCAACUCCAGUUCCCGAGCGCGCGUCGCUUCAGCGAUAGCUCCUGCCAGGAGCUGCGCGUGCAUACCGACCGCGGGGACAUCAUGGUGGCCGUACAAGGCGACCGCUCCAAGCCGGCCAUCCUCACCUAUCACGACAUCGGUUUGAACUAUACGAGCUUCCAGCCGUUCUUCAACUACGUGGACAUGCGCGCCCUUCUCGAGAACUUCUGCGUGUACCACGUGAACGCUCCGGGCCAGGAAGAGGGGGCUCCGACUCUGCCUGAAGAUUACGUGUAUCCCACCAUGGAGGAACUGUCGAAUCAACUGAAUUACGUGAUGGUUCACUUCGGCAUUAAAAGUUUCAUCGGCUUCGGCGUAGGCGUUGGAGCUAACAUCCUCGCAAGAUUCGCUCUCAUCAAUCCUGAAAAAGUGGAUGCCCUAGCCUUGAUCAACUGCUCAUCCUCCCAAGCGGGCUGGAUCGAGUGGGCCUCGCAUAAGAUGAACUCACGCGCGCUGCGUUCUCGUGGCAUGACGCCCGCCGUCAUCGACAAUCUCAUGUGGUAUCACUUCGGCAGGUGUCCCGAGGAGCGCAACCCGGACCUGGCUCAGAUGUACCGCACGUACUUCCGGCGGCACGUGAAUCCCGGCAACCUGGCCAUGCUGGUGGAGAGCUACGCGCGGCGCAGCGACCUCGGCAUCGCUCGGGACUCCGCCUCCAUUCGCGCGCCCGUGCUCAAUCUCACCGCCGCGCUCUCGCCGCACGUCGACCAGACCGUCUCGUUCAACGCGCGCCUGCAUCCAGCCAACUCCACCUGGAUGAAGAUAUCCGACUCCGCCAUGGUGCUGGAGGAGCAGCCCGGAAAGAUCUCGGAGGCGUUCCGUCUGUUCCUGCAGGGUGAGGGCUACGUGGCGCCACUGUCGCCGACGAAGAUCGUCGCGUUCCGGCGACUGUCAGACGCGGGCCGGCGCCGCGCGUGUCGCAACUCGCCUGUCAUCCGCAUCACCGAGAAUCCCAUCUCCGAGGCGGUCGUCUGCUAAACUACCGCUCGGUCGCCGCCACCACACCGCCCCGCCCCGCCCCGCCCCUCCCCGUGCGCCACUCGGCUCGCGCGCGCUCACAACACGUCACUUGCACAUUCGUUUCAGUCUAUUUCGUUUACAAAAUCUCAACAACCAUAUCUGAUUUUCGUCAAUUUAUAUUUCGAGUGAAGGUUAAGUUAACCCGUACGGACCGCACCUCGUGUAGUGGUAAUUGUAGGAGCUUUAAUUAUUUAUUUUAAUUUAAUUUAGUCUUAGGAAUAUCGCAUUCGCGUCGAAGUAUUAUAGAGGUCGGUAAAGGCGAACGGUAAGGGCCACUGCUGGAACAUGUUAUUGUAAGUGUACAUAUGUCGGAGGGACAACAGCUUAGUUAGUCGGCGCACCGAUCUGCAUCAUGACGGUAAUCUUGAGAGAAAUCACCGUGAGCCACGACAGGCGGAGCCUGCAGUAGCCGCCGCCGCCGCCGCCGCCGCCGGCCAGACUGCGCCGAGACCACGACAUUAUUGACGAUUCGUUAAGCUCGUUGGCAGAUUUCUACAAAUAAUUGUUUAUCAGUGUCUGGAGCGCGUUUCGUGGUCCGAUGUUUUAUAUGAGUCACGGCAUUCGUCAUUAGUCCGGCGCGUUUCCGGCGCCGUCGCUUGGAGCGAUCAAGAGUGCGACUUAGUGGCAUCCGUCGGUUCCUCUCGUAGCUGUUCCGUAGUUAGUCAGAGUAGUGAUUAUCGCCGAGUGACGCGAACUACUUCCCCGGCAAACUCUUGAAGCUUCGUAGAAGUUCACUUAUAUAAAUAUUAUGUUAACUUGUGUCACUUCAUUAUGAGUAUAAUAAAAUGUGAUUUUAUAAUUAA